UCUCUCUCUGUCCUUGUCUGAUGGGUUAGCUCUGAUGCUCUGAUGCUGUGAUGCUAAUCUGACGCUGCACUCUUCCUGUUUCAGUGCUGGUGAUGAGCUGAGCUGUUCAGUGGAAGCCGCCGUGGUCCCUGAGCUCCCCGUGCCUGUCAUGCAGUUGGAAGAGACAGAAAAUGUGUUCGACCUGAACGAUGCGAUCCCAGAGACUGAGCUGCUGGACAGCAGCGUCCAGAAGUGCCGUGUUCAGGUGCGGAGGAGCAGGAACCGGCCGUCCCGCUCACGGCUCAGAGACAGCAUCAGCUCCACUGAGGGGGACGACAGCCUGGACAGGAGGUCUUUAGACAGUCCCCUCCACUCGGUUCCUCAGCCGGGUCUCAAUGUGUCCUCUCUCUCUCCGGAGCUCCUCCUGUCCUCCCCUUUCCGUCCAUCCCCGUUCUCCUUCGACUCUCCUCUCCGCCGCUCUCCCGAAGAGCCGAACUCCAGCUCUCCGGCCCCUAAAGGCCGAUACACGCAGCUCACAGACGCCACGUCUCACGAGGCGUUAAUGCCCCGGCCCGCCAGCUCCCCCUGCAGGUCCUGCCCUGAAACCUCACCUGUGUACUUCCGCAGGACUCGACGUCCAGAGAGCGAAGUGCUGGUGUCAGAUGACAGUCAGGACAGCAGUCCAGCUGAACCCGGGAGCCCUACGGUGGUCCUGGAUAAGAAAACUAAAAGGAGGUUUCUGGACCUGGGGGUGACGUUGCGUCGUUCCUAUGUGAAAGUGAGGAGAGAUAAGUCUAACAGACUGUCUAUGGGAAGCCGAGAGCCGUCUGAGAACCCAUCCCGUCCCUUCGUGCCUUUCUCCUGGUUCUCCGACAGUCACCGCAGCUCUGCCUCCUCUUCACCCAAAACAGGGGCGCACUCCGGCAGCCCCAGCAAGUCAGACUCACAGGAGUCGGCGUUCAGUGAUGAUUUCUCCCCUAAAAGCCCCCUGCCUCCAUCCAGCUCCCCAACCGACUCGCGCUCCUCACACCCCUACCACACACUGUCUCAGUCUUCAGAUGAGCCGUUAGAUGAGCGGCAGUGCCUUCUGUCCUCGUGGAGCACGCAGCAGGUCUGUGACUGGCUGAGGAGUUUAAACAUGGAGCAGUACGUCCCCAAGUUCAGAGAGAAGCACGUCGAUGGAGAAUUGCUGCUGCAGCUGGACGGAAACAAGCUGAAGGGUCUGGGCGUGUUGAACUCGUCGGAUCGCAGUCUGCUGAAGCGGAGAAUCAAAGACAUCAACACUGCGGCGGAGAAGGAGCGCAAGGCUCUGGACAAACUGGAGAAACAGAGAGAGAAACAGAGGAAGAAAGACCAGGAACAGAGGAAGAACUGACUGACUCACAGGAGAUGAAGCUUUCAGACGGCACUUUAAAGGAAGAGUUUGGUCAGAAAUCAGAUGUACACAGUUUUCCCCCUUAACUCAAACGUAUUCAAUCAGCCAAGACAUGUUUGGUGUUUAGACGG